AUGAUCUUCCGUUGCUGCUUUGAGGGCUGUGGAAAGUCGUUCCCCAGGAGGGCAAAGCUCAGCGACCAUCUGAAUACACAUACAAGGAGCAGGCCGUACAAAUGCGAUAUGUGUGAGAAGUCCUACAUGAAGAAUGGGCACCUCUCUGUGCACAAGAAGAAACACUUUCCUCCAGAGCUUGCAUGCGAAAGAUGUGGGUAUAUGUGCCACACAAGAGAUAGAUUGCACAAGCACCAAAAGGCGUGCCUAGAAUACAAGUGCGGCAUUUGCGGGAAGAGAUACAGAAAAAGGUCCUGGUUCGAUGUCCAUGUGGAAAGUCAUCAUGUCAAGGUCUUUAAUGCACCCAGGAGCAAGCAUGUGUGCGAAUACUGCAAAUUCGAGUUCAACAAGAAGAGCAAUCUCUCGACGCAUGUGAGAUCCGUCCAUCUUCUGAUGAAGCCGUUUAAAUGCCCAUGCGGCAAGGAGUAUGCCCAUAAUGCAUCUCUGGACAGGCAUAGGAAGAAGUGUGCCUCCUGGAGCUAUCCAGGGCUGGACGUCGCCAAGCCGCCUGCCGCCUCAAAUUCGCUUUUGUAG